AACGUUGCCAUAGCAACCACAAAAACACUCAUCUUCCACCUAGUUACAAAGUUACAUAGUCAAAAACCAUGUUGUCAAUGAGAUUGUUCAUGUCCCUUAUCCUCACCGUGUGGCUUUUCACCGCCACAAAAUCACUAUCCCAAAACACCAACGUCCUCGACACAAACGGCAAGCCCCUCAGCCGCAACAAGGAAUACCACAUCAAACCCGCCAUAACAGACAACGGAGGACGCUUCACCUUAAUCGACAGAAACCAGUCAUGCCCUUUAUACGUCGGUCUCGAAAACACCGACUUGCCGGAAGGCUUCCCGGUGAAAUUCACUCCUUUUGCCAAAGGAGAUAAAUAUGUGAAACUUGGCAAGGAUUUCACGGUGGUGUUCUCAGCUGCCACAACUUGCGUGCAGUCCACGGCGUGGAGUGUGGGCUCGACCGAAGCGAAGAGCGGAAGGAGGCUUGUUGUCACCGGGGGAGACGUUGGUGAGAGAGCAUAUGGCAGCUACUUUAGGAUUGUGGCGGUGGAAGGAAGAGCAGGUAUUUAUAAUAUUCAGUGGUGCCCUACGGAUGUGUGUAACAUUUGUAGGUUUAGGUGUGGAACUGCUGGGAUUUUGCGUGAGAAUGGGAAGAUUUUGUUGGCUUUGGAUGGGGGUAUGCUCCCUGUUGUGUUUCAGAAAGUUUGAUUUGCAGCUUUUCCACUUGGUGUGAAGUUCUUAACAUAUAUAUGGAGCGCCUAUAAUUCAUUUUGAUGGGAUGAAUUGAAGGAGAAGAGAGAGAUAUGUACACACAUGUAUUCGAUCUGUUCUUGAUAUAUAUUAUAUAUGAAUAAAGCUCCUAAAGUUAUAUA